UACAAUUUGUGAUUUAUACAGUUCCAAGAACAUCCCGAAAGAUUCAUGUUUUCAUCUCAAUCUGCGUGAUCUCUCUCGCUCAUUGUCUCUGUGUCUCAACAACUCAAACUCUCGCAGGCGCGAUCGCUCUCCUCUCGGCUCUCUCUCCGCGUGUGUUGACACUCGCUAGUGAGUGGGUCUGGGAGGGCAUUAAAAAGCGAUUCCACCCGGUGGCGGGCGGAUUGUGAUGUGCAAACUGUGAUGUCGACAAGAUAGCAGCCAGCAGAAGCCGAAGCCGAAGCCGACCCAUCCCGCACCGAGGGGGAAACGCGAACCUAGGAGCCAACGCCGUGUGUGUCUGUGCGAAUAAGUGUUUACGUGGGAAAGCUGUGUGCUUGUGCAUUGUGCCCUUGUGCGCCUGCCCGUACGACCUCGGUAUACCGCCAUCACCCCUUCACCCGCGAUCCCACUGCCGGGAUCCUGUCGAUCAAGGAAAAAAGGUCGUCCCGUCACGCUGCCUAGUGCUACUCUGCUUCUCCUGCACUACACUUACACCUCCAACCGACGGUUUCAACAACAACAACAACAACAACAAGCUAGUGCUAUUGUGUUCCGUGUUGGCGAUGCUACCGUGUCGUCCUUCUGUCGCACAAGCUCUAUUCGCUUCGUUCCUUUCCAUCGCAAUCCGUCGCGUCACUCACUCCGUUAACGCCGCGCGCGCCGUGUACUCCGUCGCUUGUCUUGAACUAGCAGCGCUUAACUCAGACUAACCAAGCAACAAAUCGUUUCAAGCGAGAAGAACCGUUAACGCGACCGCGAAUUGCAAACCGAACUCGUUCGCACACGCAACCUCUACUAUGAGCAACGGGUGGCGUACCUAGAACUAAGCUAAAAGUGUCCUCUGCGUAGCGUUUGCAUUUGCAGUGGUUUUUCUUCGGGAUAGAGAGAAAUUUGAAUGUGUGCUACCGAACGGUGCUGCUGGAUCGAUUUCAUCUUCAUUUUCAACAAAAACUGCUCGAAAAUAGUAAACUCCGGACUCCGAGCCACUAUCUCGUCUAGCGUCGAUUUUGGCGAUCGUUGCUUGUCUGGUGCAGCGUACAUCUCUGUUCAUCCCACGCCGAACGCACUGUUGCGAAGAUGCGAUCCAUUUUCGUCGGGCUGAACACGAUCCUGCUGGUGGCGGUCGUGGUGCUGUUGCUGCUCGAUCAAAGCCACGCCACGUCGACACCGAAGGGUGACGCGCUGAUCAGCACACUCACCCGCUCGCGCUACUGUGGCCGCCGGCUAACCGAAACACUGGCCUUCCUCUGCCAGGGCCGGUAUCCGAUGUUGACGCACUACCGAACGGACUACUACCACGAUCAGCAGCAACAGCAGGACCAGCAGGUGAAGGUCGAGGUGGCAACACUGCCGGACAGUUUGCCACCCGGCUUCCCGUACCCGGGAACGGGGGGUCACCGUCGGACCCGUCGCAGCACCGGCGGUAUCUACGAUGAGUGCUGCAAGAAAAGCUGCUCGUACGUCGAGCUGCGCGCCUACUGUGAUUAAGCCCACGGUUCAGUGAACCCACCAGGAUCAGGACCACAAGACGAUGACCGAGCCUUGUCGAUCGGGGCUUUUGGGGCAAGCGCGACAGACAGACAGACAGACAGACAGCCAGACGGGACGUGCACCGCUGGCCAGCAAAUGGGCCAGCUCCCGGGGGGCUUCUCUCCUCGACUUCUGCCGCCAGCCAGCCAGUCAGCGAGCCAGCCAGCGUCACCAGUCCAUUUGCUUGCGUAUUAUUAUCCUUUUAGCGUUCUUUACUCUCUCCACGGUACACGGUAUCCCGUGUUAUAACAUGUACAAGUACUAUAUUACUCUCUAGUUAUCGGUUCGUUCGUUUUUUUUUAUGCCCCGUUUUUUAUUUCACUCUCUUGUAACUUGGUUUUGUUCGGUGCAGUGCGGUGUGCGUUUCGGGCUCUCCAUUCGCCCCUGGCGUGUUUCUGGUGACCGUUUGGGCAUCUCAAGCGUCUCCAACAAAGGAAGAUCACGAUCCAACAGGCCAAUCGGGCAGCGAAGAAACGAACAAAACCACAGUACACCUAGCGCCCUCCUAACGAUAAUAUAGCAUUUCUGUGGUACGAACGUGAGCGGAGGCAAAGCGUUGGCCAGCUUGCCAUCGCAAGGUCGUAGCAUGUUGGUGUGGGUAUGUGUCUCCGCGAGCGUCUCGAAAGAAUAUAGCAUGUAACGUUGCGUGUCAACGGGGAACGGGGAAUAACAUGAACUACUGAUGUAACUUACUAGUAAGCAAUCUGUGCCGUGGACCCCCCGAAGGUCCUCUUCUCUUUGCCUGUGCCCGGUACUAUCGCGAUUGACCGAGGCCUCUUGCGUCUCUUGCAAUGCUCUCCGAUAUGCUUAUUUAUUGCGAUGAUUUGCAAACAUGCCGAUAUGGUGAUGCUGACACUGCAUCGCGCCAUCGCGCUCCUUACUUGAUACUGUUUUUGAUGAUGCCAUAGGAAGAGAGAAAGAGAGAGGAAGAGAGAGAGAGAGAGAGAGAGAGAGAGAGAGAGAUUUCAAGCCGUUGACAUUGACUCAAAUUCUGAAGCAGAAGCAGCGACGUCUAUGAAGAAGAUAUAGAAGAACAAAAAGAACAAGAACAAGAAAAAGAAGAAGAAUAAAAAGGAAGAAGACAGGGGAUGGGGAAUAGAUAGCCAUUGAUAUAACAUUCAGCAUCAGCCAGGCGCAAACGUAGCAAAUGGAAGGUAGCAUAAGAACAUGAUAGCAGAAGAGCCAGAAAGCUAGAAAAAAUAUGUGUUGCAGCCAGUUGAAAUAGUAACAGAUGCUGAACGAUAUGCCGCCUUUCCCCUUCCCCACCAACUGAAUGUGAUCGCAUUUGCCUUCGGGCCUUCUUCGUGUGCCACUAGUGUAAGCCACAUAGAAGUAAAUUUAAUUAAAGUGACUUUCAAUCAAUCAUA